AUGAUUGAGUCAGCUUCAAUCAAGUCGAAGCUGAACCUUAUCGACAAGGCCCGAGCUCGCGGAGCUGGAAACCAUAUCUCUCUUCCACAACUAGUUGUCUGCGGCGACCAGUCCGCGGGGAAGAGUUCAGUCCUCGAAGGCAUCACAGAGAUUCCGUUCCCCCGAAAGGAUGGCCUGUGUACCAGAUUUGCCACUGAGAUAGUUCUCCGUCACUUUACCGGAGUGGAGACUAUUACCGCAACCAUUAUACCUCACUCCUCCCGAGAUGAAGCAACAGCAAUUCAACUCCGAGCUUAUAAGAGGCAACUUCACACUUAUGAUGAGUUACCUGAGAUUAUUGAAGCUGUUGGGACCCUCAUGGGGUUAAGGGGCUUCGUGGACCAGAAAGAUGCCCCUCCAUUUGGUCUGGAUGUUCUGCGAAUUGAGGUCGUCGGUGAGACUGGACUUCAUCUUACUAUAGUUGAUUUACCAGGGCUCGUCUCUGGAGCCGAAGGUGACGACCGCUCUGUCGUUGAAAGUCUGGUCAAUUCAUACCUCGAGAAUCCGCGCACUAUUAUCCUUGCUGUGGUCCCAGCUACCAGUGAUGUUGAGACUCAGCCAAUCAUUCGGGCAGCUCGGCAAUUUGGUAAUGAAGGAAUCAGGACUGUUGGUAUUGUCACCAAAGUUGACCUCAUUAAUGAUGGAACUGAAGAGAGAAUCGUAGCCGUGGCCAAAAACCAAGGCCCUAUCAAGUUAAAGCUAGGUUACUAUCUGUUGAAGAACCCAUCGCCCAAAGAGAUUGAGUUUGGGAUAACUGCCGAGGAAAGAAAGAAAAAAGAACUCAGCUGGUUUCAGAAACCCGGCUGGAAGAGCAGAUACCUUAGUCCCAACAGAGUGGGCAUCGAUGCGCUCAAAUCUUCACUCGAAGUACUCCUUGCGCAACACAUUGAAAAUGAGCUCCCUAAAGUCUGCUCCGAGAUAACGAAGCUGCUAGAAGAUGCACAAAAAGAGGUCACCAAGCUUGGUGAAGAGCGUCCUAACGCACAAGCGCAGAGGCUUUUUCUCUCCAAACUCAGCAUGCAGUUUCAAGGACUUGUACAAGCUGCGACUGGGGGAACAUAUCAAGGAAUUUACUCUCAGUUUUUCAACUUGAAAGCUAACAACGUAUUAGUCAAUCGUGUUCGAUCCAGGACCCAUGAAUUGAACAGCACGUUUGCUAGGUAUAUGCACACUAAGGCUUUUAAAUACGAUUUAAAGCUGCAGGGAAAAGAUAACCACAGGAACGAAGACAAUGCGGACACAGCUUUCCCACUAGAAUGGGGGAAUCCUGAGGCGCUUAUUGAUGGGGUUGAUACCUGGAUUCUGAUGGCUUACAAAAAUUCCAGAGGCCUGGAACUCAGUGGAACUUACGGAUACUCAUUACUCAUGGAACUAUUCCACGUUCAAUCGAGCCGUUGGAGCACUAUAGCCCACGCACACACCAAGAGGGUUCAUAAGUUAAUAAGCACAUUUGUUGAGCAAGCUCUCUGUCACAUCCUCAUAGAAGACCGUGCUCGUAAUGAGUUAUGGCGGUCCAUAAAAGCUUCGCUCCAGAAGAACUUGGCUGCAGCGCUUGCAGAGCUCCACAGCAUUUGUGAAGAUGAAAAGAUGCCACCAAUAACGUACAAUCACUCCUAUGCUGACAACGUCGAGAAGGCCAGACAAAAGGGCACAAAGAAUGCUAUACAUAGUGCACUUAAGAAAGCUAAAGGCAGCCUCGGAAGUACCUGGGGCCAAGAUUACGACGAGAGAGAACACCAUCGUCGCCAGAUAGAAGAGGCAUUGGAGGAAGAAGUCAUCUUUGAUAUGGAAAGACGGGCAUGCGAGGAAGCAAAAACUGCCCUGGAUGCUUACUACAAGGUUGCAAUGAAGACAUUCGUAGAUAAUGUUUGCCGCCAGGUGAUUGAACGGCAUCUCAUGUCCAAGCUUCCCACCAUCUUUUCUCCUACUUCGGUUCUGGAGAUGACUGAUCUAGAGAUUACGCGUAUUGCAGGCGAACCAGCUGACAGGGCCCGCCGGAGGAAUGAGCUGAUGGUCAUGAUCCAGACGCUCAGUGAAUCUCUCGAAGAUCUCCAAAACUAG